GCCGGGCAGCGGGGCGCCGCCGCCGCACCGCCAGACGCAGCACAACACCAUGUCGUCGCGCUCCUCCAACGGCUCCGUCAUCACGCUCACCAUGCACAACAACCACCUGAUCGUCGAGAAGGAGGAGAUUGUGGAGAGUGAGUUCGGCCCGGAGGACCACAUGUACGACGAGGCCCUGGCGACGCCGCAGCUGUACGCGCCCAGCCUGCCGCCGCCGCCACCCGCCACGGCCUACUCGGACCAGAAGGCCAUCGUGCACCAGCCGCCAGCCACCGCCACCACCCCCGCGCUGACCAAGGGGGCGGAGACCGGGCUGUCGCAGCCGGACCUCAGCACCGGCUCCGACGGCAACCCCCCGUACUCGUACGGCAACCAGGUGGGCUACGACGCGGGCCCCUUGGGCUACGCGGCGUACAACGGCUACCGCGUGGACGAGCCCCCCAGCCGCCACCGGCACGUCGCGCCGCCGUCGCCGAGGCCCGCGCCGCCCCCCGACGUGGUGGCCGUGGUGCCGCUGCGGGUCCAGGACAGCAUCGACGGGCAGGACGGCAUCCAGGACCUCCCGGAGGACCCGCCGGAGGACCUCCCGGAGGACUCGCCGCAGCCGCAGAGGCUCAUGUCCGACAUCCAGGCGCGCCACGACGCGCUGCAGCACCACGGCGAGGGUGUGCCGAACGGGGGGCCCGCCGUGGACAUCGUCGCGGUGGACGCAGCCGACGACGGCGACGAUGACUCCGCCAGCGUCACCGAGGACGCCUGCUCGGUGAAGGCGCAGUCCCCCUUGCCGCCCAGGGCCCUGGCCCUCGGGCUGGUGUCCGGCGCCACCGCCGCCGACCAACCGCUCCGCUCGCCCGUGGUGGACAAGCUGCGCCUGGAGGAGGCGACGCCCAUCGCCGAGCUUGAGCGCUUCCCCUUGCCCAGUCCCGGACACGGCACCAGGACGCCGCCCAAGUCCCCGCUCGCCAGCGCCGCCAAGAAGGCCGAAGUGCCCUAGGGGGAUGCCGCGUGCGGCCUGCCAGGGCCUGCGCGGGGUGCGGACGCCCUCGACGGCGAAGCAGUGCUCACCCUCGCCAUGCUCGCCACUCUCCAGUCCGUCCUAGUCCUGCGCGCCUCUCGCCUCCCGGUCGCCGACGUUAGCGCGUCCAGCCUGCGUCUAGCUUCGGGGGGAAGAUUGCUGGGGCCGCUGCCCCCAACGCCUCGCCGCUUGUAUUCAAGCUGUCUUGUACAAAGGUGCUGUUUUCUUCAGAAUUUCGCCCUUUACAAUGCACCUAAUUUUUUUAUCAACGGAAUUUUUACUGGAAAGUCACGCGGACUGAACAUGGCUGAUGGAACAAAUCAGAUGUAAUGCUCGAAUUUUAGACAAUGUGAACGAGAUAGUCGUCUCGGGCCUUCCUAGUUUUAGUGUAACGAAUGAAGAGGCAAGCAACGUGCAAAAGACUAACGGGCUGCACGUUUGUAGUUUGUACCGAAACCGUCCCCAAGCGUCAAUUCUCGUCUAGUGCCUGACCAUGGCCUGACCUCGGACGGUUGGAGCUUGGAUUUGUGAUCGUGUGUAUUUUCGUGCCGUGACGUAGUUCGAAAGCACAUCUCUCUUUCUCUAAUCCUUCCCCUAUUGUAUCGUUCGGGGUGUCUGUAUGCUAGUCACUAAACUUUGAGCGACGACAAGGACUACCGCUACACCGGCCUGUAGUCGUCCAUAGUCUUUGGAUUUAUUCAUAAUUUCUUUCCCCCCAUAUUUUAUCAAAUUGUUCCAUUACUCCCCCAUAUUUUAUAAAAUCAUUUCAUUUUGUAUCUUGUAUUUGUGAUACCUUUUCAGCAACAAUCCGCAUUUUAAAAGUACACGUUCUCAGUGUACAAAUGGGUCAAAGGCUGGUCCUCCUGAGACUUACGUUGUUUUCCCGUUGAUCUUUGCGAUUUAUCCUAGCAUAGUUCGUUUAACAAUACGUUUGAGUUCAUUUCUUUCCUAAAUGCCGCACGUGGAACUCGGUGCAAGGGACCGUGAGCGAUUGCGAUAUGUAGUUAAAAACUUGUUGAAAGGUAAAAAUUGUUGUUGCACAUGAUAUUGUAUGUUACUAUUUUAAUGAGUACUGUGAUAUUGUUAUUUUAUUCUGUUUAAUUUGUGUCGCUUGAGAGGGUGGCGUUAUAAACCCUUGAGGACGUUCGAAGGAGCCACCUAUAGGUGUACAACAAUAAACGCAAUUUUACGCAGAAAAUAUCUAAAAUGUUUUGUGUUUUGUUGUGUCCUUUUGGCAGUUAUAACUAUGUAAAACCUAUCCCAUUCUU